AUGCCGCUGAAGCAGAGGGUCAAUCAUCUCCUCGCCGAGGGAGGCGAUGUUGCAAUUCCUGUUCUCACCAUCGUCAAUACUGUCUCGGGUCUGUUCCCCCCCCUACAGGCUGCCACCAAUGCCGCACUUUUCAUCCUCACUGAAAUCAAAGAGUUCAGGGGAAAAAGGGAAGAAUGGGAGCGUUUUGGAGAAUAUAUCGGGGACGCUAUGGUCCAUGUGGUUACAGCCGUCGAGGAUCCGUAUGAUGAAUCCAAUCAAAAGCCGAACUCGUGGGUUGAAAGCGUCAACAAGCUGGGCAAGGCACUGGAGCGCAUUCAGACUGAAGUCCGUCGAGUGGGUGAAGAACGGUCUGGUAUCCAUAAGUUCUUCUCCCAUUUGAAGAAUCCCAGUAAGCUCGAUGAUUUAAAGAAAGAUUUUGGUGAAGCCUUGGCAAUGUUCCAGCUGCAGACAACCUUGAUGAUUAAUGCAAAUCAAGUUCUGAAUGAACUUAAAUAUCCCAUUGUCCCCCAUCACGAUUCAACUCAGCCGUGCCUGCCAGGCACCAGGAUUGAUCUGAUCGAGCGUAUUAUGACGUGGUGUCGUACCACGGAGGAUAGCAAGAAUCGUGUAUUACUGCUAAAGGCCGUGGCCGGCGCCGGAAAGACAUCCGUUGCGCUCUCAGUCGCAGAGGAGUGUAAACGAGAAAAGAUAUCAUCGUCAAGCUUCUUUUUCAAAGCAGGCGAGCAGUCGUGGCCGGACCAUCUGUUCAGCGGCAUGGCUCGAUCUCUGGCAACCCAUGAUGCUGCAUACCGUGCCUCCCUCAUAUCGACUCUUCAGGGGGACCCAGCCCUCUCGACUGCCCCAUUCGCAAAACAAUUUGAGAAACUAGUGGCUGAACCUCUCCGUCUCAGGACAUCGUCUGAUCGUCCUAUGGUGAUCAUCAUUGAUGCAUUAGAUGAGUGCAACACAGAGGCAUUCCCACUUCUUGCCAACAUACUUCGAGAAGAAGUUCUAAAACUACCGCCCAACAUCAAAUUCUUUGUCACUUCCAGGCAAUUCGACCUUGUUGACCGUUUUCUAUCACUCAAUGACCCCCUUACCAUCAGUCUUUCGGACAAUACUAACAUCCAUGACUGUGCUGCCUACAUCCGAUCGCAACUGCGUGAACUGAAGGCUGUGCAUGAUGAUUUGAAAGUCGGAAUAGGAGAGGAGGAUGACUUGGUCCAAUGCAUAUUAGAGCGAGCAGGUGGCUUGUUCAUUUGGAUCAGUACUGUGUUUGGCUACAUGAAGAUCACCGGUGGAGAUGCCGCGAAGAUGCUAAAGGAAUUGCUCGAUGAUAAUCCCAGCCGAUCAAAGGCAUCUGCCGAGGAAAAGAUGGAUAGGCUGUAUGCGAGUAUUCUGGAGAAGUGUAACUGGACGAAUGAUUUCUUGCAUGACUCCCCGAUUGUGAUGGGAGCAAUUCUAAUCGGACAGAAGCCGCUAUCUGUUACAGCGUGGGAGGCCAUUCUCAAACCACUGCUGAAGUCGAACAUCCAAUAUACAUUAGCUCAACUUGCACCUCUCCUCUCAGGAGUAAGCAAUCCUGACACGCCAAUUCGCAUUCUGCACCAGUCUUUUCGUGACUUUCUGACGGGGCGAGUCGAUCCACAACCAGCCAUAAUUGGUCGGCUUGGAGUGGAUACGAGGAGGGAGAACGACAGAGUGGCUUUGCGCUGCAUCGAAAUCUUGAAUAAAGAACUUUCGACUAUGAAGGGUUUAGGGCUAAUCAAAGACUUAUCCGAAAAAACCAAGCUGCCACCCAUUCCUCAAGAGGCGCUGUCCGAACAUGUCCAUUAUGCAUGUCGGCAUUUCGUGCAUCAUCUCAGCCAAUUUCAGGAGCCACUGGAGGCACCCAAUGGGCCGAUUCACAUAUUUCUCAAUGAGCAGAUAUCGUGCUGGGUGGAAGUCUGUGUGAGGACGGAAGGGUACAUUAGUAUAUCAUCAUUCCCUGAAUGGGCCAAGUUGAACGUUGAUUGGGUCUCCAAAGAAGUCAAUCACGAGUUGGUCAAAGUAUUUCUCAAUAUGAGGAAAAAUCUUGCGUUCUUUUUAAGAUUGCAGGAGGCAUAUGAGUUGGCAAGUGAUUCAGUUGCACUGUGCCAUUGCCUUGUGUCUACGGACUCAGAGUCCUACACCCCGGAUCUGGCUCGAGCACUUGGGGAUCUAGAUGAAUCACUCACCAACCUUGGACGACAUUCUGAGGCACUCCUUGUGAAUGAAGAAAGUGUGAAGCUCUGGCGCAAGCUAGUUGUCACCCAUCCAACAUCAUACACCCCGGAUUUGGCUGGAGCGCUCCAGAAUCUUAAAGCAUCACUUAACAACGUUGGACGCCAUUCCGAAGCACUCAUGGUGAUCGAAGAAAGUGUGCAACUCUGGCGCGAGCUAGUUGCCACCCAUCCAACAUCAUACACCCCAAAUUUGGCUGGAGCGCUCCCGAAUCUUACUGUAUCACUCAACAAAGUUGGACGCCAUUCCGAGGCACUCACAGUGAUCAAAGAAAGUGUGCAACUCUGGCGCGAGCUAGUUGCCACCCAUCCAACAUCAUACACCCCGGAUUUGGCUGGAGCGCUCCAGAAUCUUAAAGCAUCACUUGACAACGUUGGACGCCAUUCCGAGGCACUCAUGGUGAUCGAAGAAAGUGUGCAACUCUGGCGUGAGCUAGUUGCCACCCAUCCAACAUCAUACACCCCGGAUUUGGCUGGAGCGCUCCCGAAUCUUCAAGUAUCACUCGACAAAGUUGGACGCCAUUCCGAAGCGUUCACAGUGAUCGAAGAAAGUGUGCAACUCUGGCGCGAGCUAGUUGCCACCCAUCCAACAUCAUACACCCCGGAUUUGGCUGGAGCGCUUGGGAAUCUAGAUGCAUCGCUCGCCAACCUCGGACGACAUUCUGAGGCACUCCUUGUGAAUGAAGAAAGCGUGAAGCUCUGGCGCGAGCUAGUUGCCACCCAUCCAACAUCAUACACCCAAGAUUUAGCUCGAGCACUCCGGAAUCUUAAAGUAUCACUCGACGAAGUUGGACGCCAUUCCGAGGCACUCACGGUGAUCGAAGAAAGUGUGCAACUCUGGCGUGAGCUAGUUGCCACCCAUCCAACAUCAUACACCCCAGAUUUGGCUCGAGCACUCCGGAAUCUUCAAGUAUCACUUGACAAAGUUGGACGCCAUUCUGAGGCACUCACAGUGAUCGAAGAAAGUGUGCAACUCUGGCGCGAGCUAGUGGCCACCCAUCCAACAUCAUACACCCCGGAUUUGGCUGGAGCGCUUGGGAAUCUAGAUGUAUCGCUCACCAACCUUGGACGACAUUCUGAGGCACUCCUCGUGAAUGAAGAAAGCGUGAAGCUCUGGCGCGAGCUAGUUGCCACCCAUCCGGCAUCAUACACCCCGGAUUUGGCUCGAGCGCUCGGGAAUCUUGUAAUAUCUCUUAACAAUCUCGGACACCGUUCUGAAGCACUCCUCGUAAAUGAAGAAAGGCUCAGACUCCUACACCAGUAG